AAAUGGGAUCCAGCAUAAACACAAGAGCUAUUGAGAAUUCCGCUCAAUAAUAUGUUUCAGAAACCUAAUAUCAACCAAUCAUUCACGAAACCUCAAAUUUCGAUGAAUAGCAAUUAUAAUAAAUAAAGAAGCCAACUUAAACUAAUGCUGGCUAAUAAAAUGAAAAUUCAAAUUAAGAGAAUCAGAAUCUUAAAGAAAUGUAUCAAAUAAAGUGUAUGCUAGGCCAUAAAACUAAUAAUUUUUGUUUUUGGAUGAAUAAUUUCCACCUAAUCAAUCAAGCAUAUCUAAAGUACCUAAUAAUUCUUCGUUUACAAGCAGAAAUAUAGUUUGGAAAAGACCAAAAGAAUUUUUAUAGCCUGAUUAAAUUAAUUUAUUUGAUGUAGAUCUAUAUCCAUAUUGAUUAAUAGACAAUCGAUCCAAAGGAUGUUAUUUAAGGAGAACUUGGAAAUUGCUAUUUUUUAAGUUCUCUAUCUGCUUUAGCUUAAGUCCCUUAAAUUAUAGAAAGAUUGUUUCAAAACAAUAAAGAAUAUUAAUAAAAUGGUAAGAAUCAUAUCUAAUCAUUAAGGACUUUAUAGAAUUAGUAUGGUUAAGAAUGGUAUACUUGAAGAAAUAAUAAUAGAUGAUUAUAUUCCUUGUGUUCAAGCAGGACCAAUUUUCUCAAGAGUCAGAGGAAAUAAAUUAUGGGUGAUUCUUUUGGAAAAAGCUUAUGCUAAAUUAUAUGGAUCAUAUGAUUCAAUAGGAUAAGGCGAUCCUUUAAUUGCUUUAAAAGAUUUAACUGGGGCUCCAAGUGAAAUUUUUUAGAUAGAACAUGCUAAUUCAUGUUGGGAAUUUAUGGAGAAAAAUAAUAAUAAAAAAUACAUUCAAACAGCAUCUACAAAAAAGGAUUGUGGAGAUAAUAAAGGAAUAGUAUCUAGUAAAUGUUAUUCCAUUUUGGAUUUACAGAUUGUUGUUGGAAGUGAUGAACAAACAGAUAAAAUUAUAAAAAUAAGAAAUGUAUAAUAUUUAUAGGAAAUAUGAAUAGCCUUGGGGUCAAUAUGAGUGGUCUGGAGACUGGAGUGAUAAAUCUGCAAAAUGGACUCAUGAUUUAAUAGAGAGGUUUUAGGUUCAGUAAGAAGAUGAUGGGAUAUUUUGGAUGAGUAUUAAAGAUUUUAUCACUAACUUCUAAUACGUUUAUGUAGCACAAGUUAGACCUGAUUAUAUCUAUACAUCUUAAUUUCUUAAAGUUGAAAAUUCAGACCAAGUUACAACAAAGUUGGUUAAAAUGAAUGUUACAAAUAAAACAAAUGCAUAAAUUCGAUUGACUUAAUCAGAUGAGGGCUUUUUUGAAAAUAAUAAUCAUAAUUAUUCAUUAGCUAGAUUGAUAGUAGGACAAUUAGAUAGUAAGAAUUUAGAAGUAUUAAAUUAUUCAGGGUUUGCUUUUAAUUAAGAAAGAGAUAUUGAUUUUGAAAAAGAAUUUGAACCUGGAUCUUAUGUCAUAUAUGUUGAAGUAGAUUGGGAUUAAAAUUGUAAUAGAAAUUUAGCAGUUUCUUGUUAUGGUUCUUAAAAAGUUGAAUUUUAAGAAUUGUGUUUAGAAAAAUCAAAAAUUUCUAAUAUUUUAGAUGGACUAUUAAGAGCACAUGGAAGAUUUUCAGAUUAAGUGAAGAAUACAUAAUUUGCACCUGGAAUAUAGUCUGUAAGGGGAUAGAAUUGUGGGUAUUUAUAUUUUUGGUAUCAAAAUUAAACAAAAAAUAAUACACUAUAAUAAGAAAUUAAUUUUACUUAAAUAAAAUACCUAGAGAUAAGCACUCCUUUUUUAAAUUUAGACAAUAGUAAUCCAGACAAAAUUAAAAUUAAAAUUGAAUGCAAGUCCAAUUCUAAUUAUUUUUUUAAACUUAGGUCUACUAAAGAAGGUCGAGGUAGUUAUAGCUUUGGAUUUAAUUCCUCUUAUUCUAUAAAAACUGAGUAAUAAUCAAAAUCUGAGGAAGAUAUCGUUUAUUUAGCACUUUUAAAUCCAUAAAAAAAAGAACAACAAAAAUUAGGCUAAAAAGUAUAAAAUUUUAAUUAUAAAGAAUAUUCAAGUCUUCUUCUAUGAAGUCGAAUUCCCAGAUGGAUACGCUUUACUUUAUGAAAAUAAAGAAUCUCAAAUCUAUAAAGAAAGAAUCGAAUUUAAUCUCUACAAUCUUAAAGGAAUAGGAAUAAAGAAUUAAGAUUAUAUAGAUAUAGUAAUACCACCAGGGUAAUUAAAAUUGAUUUAACUGCAAAAAAGUGAUCCAAAAGAUAGAGCUUCAUAUAAAUUGACUUCUAUCAGUAUUGAGCUUAAGUGAGAU